UAUCUGAGAUGUUUUCAUAUUAUAAAAAAGACAAAUAAGGACUCCCCAAAAAGGUGAGAACAACAAUACACAGAAAGACCAGUGGUCAAUGUCCCAGUACUCCCCCUAUAUGUUGGGUUAACAACUCUACUGCUUUUGCAUAGACAGUAGUGCCUUAUCUUUGAUGGAAACUGCAGAAGCUGGGCAUGCUGAUGUUAUUGGUUGGUUCGAGCAUGUCUCGGAGAAAGCCUGCAAGGCUCAAAGAGAGACGCUGCGCCGGAUUCUUGAGCUCAACUCUGGAGUGGAGUAUCUGAGGAAAUGGCUCGGUACUGUUGAUGUAGAAGAGAUGGACGAUAACACCUUGGAAACUCUCUUUACUUCCUUGGUGCCUAUUGUUUCCCAUGCUGAUUUGGAUCCUUACAUUCAAAGAAUUGCAGAUGGAGAGACCUCUCCUUUACUCACACAAGAACCCAUCACUGUUCUCUCCCUCAGCUCUGGAACAACAGAAGGGCGACAAAAGUAUGUUCCGUUUACUUGUCAUAGUUCGCAAACUACUCUUCAGAUUUUCAGAUUGUCAGCGGCUUACAGAUCAAGGUUUUAUCCAAUAAAGGAAGGAGGGAGGAUUCUUGAGUUCAUAUACGCCGGGAAAGAAUUCAAAACACCAGGAGGACUGACUGUAGGAACGGCCACAACACAUUACUAUUCAAGCAAAGAAUUCAAAACUAAGCAAGAGACUACAAAGUCAUUCACCUGCAGCCCACAAGAGGUCAUCUCCGGAGGCGAUUUCGGACAGUGCACGUACUGUCAUCUCCUGCUUGGUCUCCAUUUCUCCAGGCAAGUAGAGUUUGUAGCCUCUGCUUUUUCCUACACCAUUGUCCAAGCUUUCUCCUUGUUCGAAGAGACCUGGAGAGACAUAUGUGCUGACUUAAAGGAAGGCAAUCUCAGCUCAAGAAUCACUCUCCCCAAGAUGAGGAAAGCUGUGUUGGCUCUGAUCAGACCAAACCCAUCUCUGGCUUCUCGUAUUGAAGAGGUCUGCAUUGAGCUGGAGUCAAACCUGGGAUGGUUCGGUUUGAUUCCGAAGCUAUGGCCAAACGCAAAAUAUGUCUCGUCGAUCAUGACGGGUUCCAUGUUGCCGUAUCUGACAAAGCUGAGGCAUUACGCUGGUGGUUUGCCUCUGGUGAGCGCAGAUUAUGGGUCAACUGAGAGUUGGAUUGGUGUGAAUGUUGAUCCUCAGCUUCCCCCAGAAGACGUGAGCUUUGCUGUGAUUCCCACCUUUAGUUACUUCGAGUUCAUACCACUUUACAGGCAGCAGAAUCAACAAGACAUGUGUAGUAGUGACGGUGACUUUGUCGAAGAUAAACCUGUGCCUCUCUCUCAAGUCAAACUCGGACAGGAGUAUGAGCUUGUUCUUACCACUUUCACAGGUCUUUACAGGUACAGAUUAGGAGACGUCGUCGAAGUGACCGGUUUUCACAAAGGAACACCUAAGCUAAGUUUCAUAUACAGAAGGAAACUCAUCUUAACCAUCAACAUUGACAAGAACACGGAGAAGGAUCUUCAGAGAGUGGUGGACAAAGCGUCUCAGCUUCUGAGCCGCACCACACAAGCUGAAGUCGUUGACUUUACAAGCCACGCAGACGUUACAGCUCGUCCCGGUCGCUACAUAAUCUACUGGGAGAUCAGAGGAGGAGCAGAGGAUAAAGCUCUUGAGGAUUGCUGCAGAGAGAUGGAUGCUGGUUUUGUGGACCAUGGUUACGUUGUGUCUAGGCGUAUGAAGUCGAUCGGACCGCUAGAGCUACGAGUGGUGGAACGAGGCACGUUUGGGAAAGUGGCGGAAAGGUGCGUUGGGAAAUGCGGUGGCUUGAACCAGUUUAAAACUCCUAGGUGCACGACCAACUCGGUUAUGCUUGACAUUCUUGAUGGUUCUACUGUCAAGAGAUUUUACAGUUCGGCUUAUGACUAAAAUCUAGCUUUUAAAUUUUACUUUUGUGGUUUUGUCUCCGUGAUUCCAUUGCGGCUGUGUUAGUGUACUCUGAUUUGACCAUUUUACAAGGAAUAAUAAUAAAAGAAUAAUGUUACCC